CAGCGGAAGCGCCUUUGACUCCUGACAAAGAACUCGACAAGGAGAGCUUCUAAGUUCAUUUUCUGCAAUUGAGCUUCUAUAUUUACGAUCUAUCACAAACACUUGUAGCGGUCGGAAGAAGGACGAAACAGAAAGGCCACAUGAGAAUUAAAUCCCUUUACGCUUCUUCUCUCCCUCUCUUCUUCUUCUACCACCUCCUUCUCCACACAUCAAAUGCCCAACCCGAACCAAAUACCACAGGCUUCACCUGCUCAGCAAACCAGACAACAUAUCCAUGCCAAACCUACGCCUUCUACCGAGCCACGGCGCCCAACUUCCUGGACCUGGCCUCCAUAGCUGACCUCUUCUCAGUCAGCCGCCUCAUGAUAUCAAAACCCAGCAAUAUAUCCUCCCCUUCCUCCCCUCUUGUUGCCAGCCCCCUCUUUGUUCCUCUCACCUGCUCUUGCAACUCGGUUAACACUUCCACUAGCAUCUCUUAUGCCAACCUCUCCUAUACAAUCGUUCGUGAUGAUACGUUCUACCUUGUCUCCACCAAUAAAUUUCAGAAUCUUACAACCUAUCAAUCUGUCGAGGUUGUCAAUCCCACUCUCGUCCCUACCAAUCUUUCUAUUGGUGUGAACGUCAUCUUUCCUAUCUUUUGCAAGUGUCCUAACAGUACCCAGUUGCAAAACCAAGUCAGUUACCUCGUAUCCUAUGUCUUCCAACCUUCUGAUAACCUGUCAUCGGUUGCUUCAAGGUUUGGAGUACAACCACAGUCUAUAAUUGAUGUCAAUGGAGAUAAUUUCCAGCCUUUCAAUACUAUAUUCAUUCCAGUCACUCAGCUUCCAGAACUUUCACAGCCUGAUGUGGCUCCUUCCCCUGCUCCUGUACCACCUCCACCUCCUGUAGAGAGCGAUGAGCGGGAAGGGGUUGUUAGAGGCUUGGCAAUUGGGUUGGGAAUUUCCGGGUUCUUGCUGCUUUUGCUUAGUGGGUUAUGGGUUUACAGAGAGUCUGGGUUGAAGAGCAACAAGGAGAGGGAGCGAGAUUUGGAGAAGCAGAGGCAGCUUUUGGGUAAGAAAGGAAAGGGGUUGAUUGGAACGGAGAACUUGAUGGCAGAUGUUUCAGAUUGCUUGGACAAGUACAGGGUGUUUAAGAUUGAAGAUUUGAUAGAAGCCACUGAUGGAUUCAGCGAGAGUUGCUUGAUUCAGGGGUCUGUGUACAAAGGGAGCAUUGAUGGGGAAGUCUAUGCCAUCAAGAAGAUGAAGUGGAAUGCCUAUGAGGAGCUCAAGAUCUUACAGAAGGUAAACCAUGGCAAUCUGGUGAAGCUAGAGGGAUUCUGCAUAGACCCGGAGGAUGCAACUUGCUAUCUAGUUUAUGAGUAUGUCGAAAAUGGGUCUCUUCAUUCAUGGCUGCAUGGAAACAAGAACGAAAAACUGAACUGGAAAACAAGGUUACGAAUAGCCAUCGAUGUUGCAAAUGGUCUCCAAUACAUCCACGAGCACACCAGGCCACGUGUUGUUCAUAAAGACAUCAAAACCAGCAACAUUCUCUUGGACACGAACAUGAGAGCCAAAAUUGCCAAUUUUGGACUGGCCAAAUCCGGAUGCAAUGCCAUAACAAUGCACAUUGUUGGAACCCAAGGUUAUAUAGCACCCGAGUAUUUAGCAGAUGGGGUGGUCUCUACAAAAAUGGAUGUGUUCUCUUUUGGGGUGGUUCUGCUAGAACUUAUUUCUGGGAAGGAGGCCAUUGAUGAGGAAGGGAAUGUUUUGUGGGCAAAGACCAGUGGGAUUUUGGGGGGGAACGAAGAGAGGAAAGUGAAGAGAGUGCAGCAAUGGAUGGAUGGAGUCCUGAUUGCGGAGUCAUCCUCCACGGACAGUGUGAUGAAUGUCAUGACUAUUGCCAUUGCUUGUCUGCAUAGAGACCCUUCAAAGAGGCCAAGCAUGGUGGAUGUCGUUUACGCGUUGUGCAAGAGCGAGGACUUGUUCUUUGACAUCUCGGAUGAUACAUUAUCAACUUCACUGGUGAUGGCAAGAUAAUUUAGAGAAUGGUAGUCAGUAAGCAGUAGACAACGCUACUAGAAGUAGAAGGUCUGCAAUAGUAGAAAGACGAUGUUACCUUUUUACAGUAAGGUUGAAUAUAUGUAUGUCUUACUCCACAAAACAUUGAAUAAAGGAGGAGGGACAAGGAAA